AUGUCUGCUCGCUCUCAACCGUUCCAUUCCAUACAACCGUUGCAACCGCUCAACAGUGGGCAAUUGAACGCUAGGGUUAACAACAUCACUCCGGUCAAGCCAUUGAGAAACUAUAAAGAGAACCAGUAUGAUUUGAAACAGUCUACUGACGGUGGGAAACUUUCCAGUGCCACUGCUUCUGGAGUCAAUGCCCCAAUUGUCUCACAACCACAACAGCAGAAAAAGAAGAAGGAAAAACUUUCCACCUUGUGCAAGACUCCUCCAUCGAUUGUCAGAACAAGAACCGGUAGAGACUACAGGAGAGGCACAUUCUUGGGUGAAGGUGGAUUUGCCAGAUGUUUUCAAAUGAAGGAUUCUCUGGGAAAGAUAUACGCCGCCAAGACUGUUGCCAAAGCAUCGAUCAAGAAUGAAAAGACAAAGACAAAGUUGUUAUCGGAAAUCAAGAUUCAUAAGUCUUUGAAGCACGCAAAUAUUGUCAAUUUUGUGGACUGCUUUGAAGAUGAUGUCAACGUCUACAUUCUAUUGGAAAUUUGUCCUAACCAGUCGUUAAUGGAGUUGUUGAAGACCAGAAAAAGAGUAUCUGAACCCGAAGUCAGGUUCUUCAUGGUUCAGAUAGUCGGAGCCAUUAAAUAUUUACAUUCAAGAAGAGUUUUACAUAGAGAUUUAAAAUUAGGAAACAUCUUCUUUGACCCACAGAUGAAUUUGAAGAUUGGUGACUUCGGUUUAGCAUCAGUGUUACCAUCUGGGAACGAUUCAAGAAAAUACACCAUUUGUGGUACUCCUAACUAUAUUGCUCCUGAGGUGUUGGGCGGCAAAUCGGUUGGACACAGUUUUGAAGUUGAUAUUUGGGCCAUUGGUAUCAUGAUGUAUGCACUUUUAAUUGGAAAGCCACCUUUCCAAGCUAAAGAUGUACAAGUUAUCUACGAAAGGAUCAAGAAAACUGAAUACCUGUUCCCAAUUGAUAAACCAAUAUCAUAUGAAGCCAAGACUUUAAUUCAAGAUUUGUUAAGUUUAAACCCAUUGCAUAGGCCAACAAUUGAUGAAAUCUUACAAUACGAUUGGUUCAAGGGUCCCUUCCCAGAUAAGACAUUAGAGGUCAGCUUGAAUUUAACUCCUGGUGGGUUAGAUCAAAUUUCUAAGGCACAAUCUGCAAUUAAUUUCACCAAUACCAAAGCCAGUGCUGGAAUUUAUACGCCAAAGACUAAGAACCCUGUUGAAAUAUUAAGACUGGAUUUGCAUAGCGAGCAACCCAAAACAUUGUUGCCACAAUCUUUAUCGCCUGGUGACACUAAGGAUAAAUACCAAGAAGUCGAACCUAUAGGAAGCACUGGCAGACAGAGUAAGAAGAUCAAUUUCAAUUCAACCUAUUCGACAACGAUCAAGAGAUUGAAUCAAAUUUGCUUUGAAACUUAUCAGAAUAUGAGAAGAUUGGAAUACUCCAAGCAUGAAAUGUUGGAUACAAUGGAAUUACCCCUGUGUGAAAAUCCUACAUUAAUCAGUAAAUGGGUUGAUUAUUCUAAUAAGUAUGGAUUUUCCUAUCAAUUGAACACAGACGAUAUCGGUGUGUUGUUUAAUGAUGAGAAUACCAUAUUGAAACUUCAUAACUCUGAUAAAUUCUUAGAAUUGAUUUACCAUGAAAACGAGGGUUGGACUUGCAUCGAGAAUUCAUUAUUGCAUCCGCCUUUACAAAGCAAAAAGCAAUUAGAAAUCGUUGACUUUUUUGCCAAAUACAUGAAUAGCAAUUUAUCUAAAGUCAGUGAUAAUGAAGAUAGAAAGGAAACUGUCUUCUUGAGGAGAUACACCAGAACCUCGGAGUUCAUCAUGUUUGAAAUGACGAACGGAAACUUUCAAUUCAAUUUUAAAGAUCAUCAUAAAAUAUGUAUCAGUAAAGGGGGAUUGGCAAUUACACACAUUUCACCAUCGAGAAUGAUACAAACUCACCCAUUAAUAUUUAUCUUAAAGCAGGGCAACUUCCCAUCUAUAGAAGUACCUGAAUGUUUGGAAAAGAUUGCCAUAAUAAAAGAUGCAAUCAAGAAGAAGGCAUUCAAAGAGUAA